AAGAACCAAGAAGUUCAUCCGGGCUUGAUAUUUACGGAAGUAAGAUCAGCAGAUCAAGUCAUUUUUGUUGAACGAAUCAUGGAAUAUUGUAUUUUUAUUUUCACGGUUUUUUUUUUUGUUAAUAGGUCUUCAGUAAUCCAAUAAGUAUUUUGCUUUCUUUUGCUGCUGAGCUACCGGAGGUCAGAUUCAUGCUAAUGAGCUGCAUCUGGUUCGUUUGGGAAGAACUGAGGCUGGAUGAAGCUCUUGUGUGUUUAAAAUCCUGUAACAUUUGUAAAAACCCUGGAUUGUCAUAAACCCUCGUGUUGUGUUCUCCGCGGACCUUCAUAAAGUUGAAAGUGAGGUUAGCGGGUAUUAGCAUCAUGGGAGCCGAGCAGAGUGGAGAUGCAGAACAUAAACACUCCGAUUACACCUCAUCUGCGGUGCCAUCACCGGCGAGGCAGAAGGCAAAGAUGGAUGACAUCGUGGUUGUUGCCCAGGGGACUCAGUCAAUGAGAAAUAUUCACAACGACCCCGAUGUGAUCAAGCUCCAAGAGAUCCCCACGUUUCAGCCGCUUCUGAAAGGUCAGACAAACAGCCAAGAGGUCCAUGGUAACUUUAGAGGAGCUAGAGAGAUCCACAGCUCAGGAAUGCUGAGUGGUCAGACGUCCCCAAGUACCGUGUGUCUGGAGAGGCUGGACCCCGCUCAGGUUCUGCAGCUCUGCAUCCGGUACCAAGAUCACCUGCACCAGUGCGCCGAAGCUGUGGCAUUCGACCAGAACGCUCUUGUUAAAAGGAUCAAAGAGAUGGACUUGUCAGUGGAAGCCUUGUUCAGCAUCAUGCAGGAGCGCCAGAAACGCUACGCCAAGUACGCCGAGCAGAUCCAGAAGGUCAACGAGAUGUCCAUGAUCCUGCGGCGCAUCCAGAUGGGCGUCGACCAGACGGUGCCGCUGAUGGAGCGCCUCAACAACAUGCUGCCCGAGGGCGAGCGUCUGGAGCCCUUCAGCAUGAGGCCAGACGGGGAAUCUGCCUCCAAGUAGCCAGCUGGAAUAAAACCUAGCCAGAGGCAUGGAGUCUUUCCUGAGGUCUUCAAAGAUUUUAAUUCUGUUCAUUGCCGGAUGUUUUGUUGAACUAAUUACAAAAAGUAGAAGCGUCGUACUCCAAAGACGCAUUUAGUUCUGCAUGUUCUCCCAUAUCAGGUUUAACCUGCUGGAUAGAAGGACCAGUUAAGCUCAGGAACUUCCUCUUGGAUAAAGUUAGACUGGAGAUCUGGGGACACUUCCCAAGAAAUACUGCUGAAGAACAACAGAAGAAUAUAUAUUUUCUAGGUCACUCAUCUUACUUGGAUGAAAUCUGACUGUCUUAGUUCCAGCACCCGUGUUUUCAUUUGAAUAUCAUGAUCAAGACUCUAGCUGAGAGAUACUGAGAAUGUUCUUAAUGAACACAAACCACAUGUGAAAGAGUAAAUGUUUGCUUGCAGAGAAAUCAAUAUUGAGGUUUUGUACGAAGUAUUUUGCUCUCAGAAUCAUGAAAAGUGAUAACGAUAGUUUUAACAGACUGCAACACUAGUCCUUUCCAAAAAACUAUGCUUGAUUAGUUCAUUAAGGGCCAGGUUGGUUUGGAUAGCAUUUCCCCCAAAUUAAAAUGCUGCUUUUUCCAUCAACUGUGGCCUUUUUUGUCUGAUACCAGAAACAUGUGACAAUAAAGACAAGAAAUCUAUAAAAAGACAAAUGCAUUUUCACAGUACUGUACAAAGAUUUUAAGUGUGAGAGAGCCUUUGAUUACACAGUUGAGGACAAUGAUCACUUCUAUCCAAGGAAAAAAAAAGAACACAAAUGAUAAAGUGGCUUAGUGAUGAAAACAUUAAAACGUGGACAUUUAAUCAGAACAUAUUCCACUUUGUAACCUUUUGAAAAAUCUGUUUUUACUUGUCAAAAAGCAGGUGGGUCAGCAGAAGCCAACUCAAAGCACUAAUUGUUACACUGUAAAUAUUAACUAUUCCCAUAAAGCCAUUUUCUAAUAAAAGCUUUUAAAAGCA